AGGGCCAAUCAGCCACAAUCCUAACUCUUUCUUCUUCUCCUCUUACGCGCAGUACAUCAGCUGAGCAGCACACCCAGUCACCCACAAAACACUUCUAUCUCCCAUUCUUCCACCUCCAACCUCCAACCUCCGAGCAGCACUCCAAUCCAGUCCGUCGCCGAGCAACAAUCCAUUCGCCGAGCAGCAGUCCGUCACCGAGCAGCAGUCCAUCGCCGAGCAGCAAUCCAGUCACCGAGCAACACUCCAGCGGCAGAGUAGUCCAACUCGAGCAGCACUCCAGUUACUGAGCCGUCUCCUGAGUCCAUGCCGUCGUCCAGUCAUAAGCCGUCGCAAAAAACCCUAAGUCGUGGCAAGAAACCCUAAGCGGAGCAGCACUCCAGUCACUGAGCAGCACUUCAGUCGCCGAGCAGCACUCUGGUCGCGUGAGCCAUCUCCUGCAAAUCAUUAUAUUGAUUAGUUAGAUUAGUUAAAUUCACAAAUCAUUAUAUUGCCAUAGUAUAUCAAAUUUAAUUUGUCCUGAUUAUUGUUGCUGGUCUCUUCUUAAUUAAGAAGAUGAAUUUGAUUUCUAAUUUGUCUCUGAGGGUUGUUACUGGUUUGUGCUUAAUUAGGAAGACAAGUUUGAUUAAAAUGAUUGUCUUUGAUUGUUGUUGCUAGUUUGUGCCUAAUUAAAAAGAUGAGUUUGAUUGAAAUUUUUCUGCAAAAUUUUUGUUGUUGUUGCUUUUACUGAAAUUUGUAUUCGGUGAGUGAUGAUAAAAAGUGGGUUACUAUAUGUUACAUGAUUCACUUAUAUUGUAUUCAAGGAGGAACUAAGGGCCUCAAUACAGCUUUAGCCUUGUCUAAUGCCAUCUCUAGCCUAUCAGUGAUGGUAUUUGGCAAGUUGUGGAAAUUGGAACCGUUACCUGAAGAACGUAAGAGCAAAUGGCAAAGAGAAAUGGACUGGUUGCUGUCUCCUACAAACUAUAUGGUUGAGUUGGUUCCUGCAAAGCAAAAUGCUUCCAUUGGUGAAAUCUUUGAGAUAAUGACCCCGAAAGCUCGUUCUGAUGUACACAUGAAUCUUCCAGCACUUCAGAAAUUGGACUCUGCUUUUUGUAGGAGAUACUAGAAUCCAUGGUGAAUACUGAGUUCUGGUAUGAAGAGGGAGGAAGCUGGGCACUGAACGAAAGAGGUUGAUUCAUCGGGGAAGAGUGGUACACCAAAUAUUCAAGGCUGUCAAAUCGAUAAAUGAUAAUAUUUUGCUUGAAAUUUCUGUGCCAACAAUUAUUAAAGAUGCACUUCUAAAGAAAUUGCACCAACCGGAGAAGAUGAUGACGAGUCUGGUGUGGAUUCAGAUUUAGCAUGGUGGCUGUUUGGUUUUUAUUUGUUUAAAGUGACUGUUUCAGUUUAAAGUGUGUUUAU